AUUUUUUUUUUUUACUAGGUGAAAAGCAUGGCAACACAAAAUUUGACAAAGGUGAUUUGACAAGUUUGUAUUAGUGAAGCAGUUGUGGAGGUUAUAGUUGCGGUAUUUUGCAAUUUAUAUUGUUUAUUGAAGUCAUCAUGUCGAACAUCAACCUGCAAUGCCUUUUAGGAAUACAGUGCAAUGAUUUUGUUAUGAUAGCAGCUGAUCAGAGCAACAGUCAUAGUAUUAUGGUCAUGAAAGACGAUGAGGAGAAAAUCUAUAAGAUUUCUGACAAACUGGUGAUGGGUGUCAUCGGAGAUUCCGGUGACACUUCCCAAUUUGCCGAGUACAUAGCAAAGAACAUUCAGUUGUACAAGAUGCGUAACGGCUACGAGCUGGGGCCCACGGCCGCCGCCAAUUUCACUCGUCGUAAUCUCGCCGAGUAUCUUAGAAGCAGUACACCAUAUUUUGUCAAUUUGCUGAUGGCUGGUUAUGACAAAGAAAAUGGACCAGAAUUAUACUUUAUGGAUUAUUUGGCCUCCAGUGUUAAAGUGCCUUUUGCAGCACAUGGGUUUGGUGGAUACCUCAGCUUGAGCAUCAUGGACCGCUUUUACCACAGAGAUGCAACAGAAGAGGAGGCAUAUGAAAUGCUCAAAAAAUGUGUAACAGAGGUCCACAAGAGACUGUUCAUUAAUUUGCCGAAUUUCCAAGUGGUUGUGGUGAACAAGGACGGCAUUAAGAAACUGCCCGUAAUCAAUUCUGCAAGUUUAAAGUAAUCCUAUUUGUAAUAUAAUUUUAAUAAAACACCUUUAUAAUA